AAAUUAAAUCAAUUUUUUUUCUCUUUCAGAACGAGCAUUUCUAUGUCUUUACAAAUUUAUUCCGAAAUAUUUGCAAUGGUUUUUUUUGAAGGACAACUCUCCGGUUAUUAAAGAAUAUCUUAAUAAAUUUUCUCAAUUGGUUGCAUUUUGGCAGCCAAAUUUAUCUAAUCAUAUGCGAGAAAUCAAUUUUAUACCUGAACUUUUCGCAAUUCCUUGGUUUUUAACAAUGUUUUCACAUGUUUUUCCAUUACAUAAGAUAAUACAUUUAUGGGACAAACUAUUAUUGGGUGAUAGCUCCUACCCUUUUUUCAUUGGUAAGGUCCUUUUCAUCGGAAUAUCGAUCCUGGAACAAUUGAAAACCACUUUGUUAAGUUCUUGUUUCAACGAUUGCAUCUUAUUAUUCUCCGAUCUCCCAGAUAUUGUGAUGGAGACAUGCGUAAUUGAAUCUCGAAAAAUGUAUCUUUCUACGCCAAAAAGUAUAACUUUUAGAAAAUAUGCAAAACAAUUGAAUAACAAUGAACCCGAUGAAUUUGAGAUAAACGACAUCGAAUUGAAUGAUUUACAAAAUGAACGAUGUCCUCGAAUCAGUGCAAAUGAUUUAAUUGAAUUAAAUAAUAAAAAGCCUGGAGAGGUCAUGGUCAUUGACAUUCGAAGUCAUUUAGACUUCAAUAGAGCUCAUUUAAGAGACAGCAUCAAUAUUCCGUUUACCUCAAUAUCCCUAAGUGAUAUUAGAUUAGACGCACUUGGUGUUCCCGAUUUAGAAAUGGUUUUGGCCAAUAGAAAUGUUGUGGUCGUUAACAAUUUGCAUGAAAGUGCUAUUUUGUUUGCUCACUUUUUACUGGAUUGUGGAAUAAAAAAAGUAUGCAUCUUACAUAGUGGCUUUAACAUCCUCCAUUCCUUUGUUCCAAAUGUAUUGGAAACAUCGUAAACCAUUAAAACGAAACGCAAGCAGAAACAAAUAUAACUCUAUGUUUUUUUUUCAAACAGUUUAUUGUAUUUUAUGAAGAAACUUAUGAAUAAACAUUUAUAUGAA